CAGGGCGCACGGCCGCGGAGCCCGCGGCGUCCCCGGGCCUCGGGGCCCCAUGGCGGCCGCGGCGGCGGUGCUCCGGGAGGGCGUGCUGGAGAAGCGCAGCGGCGGGCUGCUGCGCCAGUGGAAGCGCAAGCGCUGCGUGCUCACCGAGCGCGGGCUGCAGCUCUUCGAGGUCAAGGGCGCGGGCGGCCGGCCCAAGGAGCUCAGCUUCGCGCGCAUCAAGGCGGUGGAGUGCGUGGAGAGCACCGGGCGCCACAUCUACUUCACGCUGGUGACCGAGGGCGGCGGCGAGAUCGACUUCCGCUGCCCCCUGGAGGACCCUGGCUGGAACGCCCAGAUCACCCUGGGCCUGGUCAAGUUCAAGAACCAGCAGGCCAUCCAGACGGUGCGGGCCCGGCAGAGCCUCGGCACCGGGAGCCUCGGGACCCUCGUGUCCUAAACGUUCACGCGCUCCGCCGACACGGCGCCCGGGGUCAUGUCAGCUCCCCUGCCCAAUUUUUGGCUUCAUCUGGCGAGGCAGAUUCGUGGUCACGUGCAGGAGGCGUUGGAGCUAAAGGGACACUUGGCCCGGGAAGGAGGGCAGAAGCCACAUGGGCUGAGGAUGAAGAUUCGGGCCCUGGACACUCUGAUGCUCAGGACAUACCCAGCUCAGGGCCUUCCAGCCACAGGCCUGACUCACGUGUCAUGAUGAAGAGCUGGCAUCACAGCCCCCUUCUCCGGGGCUCCGCCGCCUGUUCUGCAGACUGCUGUUUGUCCCCGGCUUGGGGCACUGAGCCUCAGGACUCAGUACCAACACAGAGGAGGAUCGCCUCUGGACUGACUUUGGUGGGGGGUGGCUGAUGGGCCUGAGGCCCACGCUUGGGGGUCUCCUGCUGCUCCGGUCCCUCUGGGGGCCCCCGCGCCUCCAGGCCGCUUUGCACACUCCUUUCCCUGCCUCCUGCCUUCUGCCCCUGGAGGGGGUGGGGUGUGGCGCUCGGCCUGGAGAGGGUGGGCGUGGGGUGGGGGCUGGCCAUCACCAUUUCAUGCCCUUUCCAAAAUGAAGACGCCUCAGAAGGCAGUGAGCUCACCGUUUGUUGAGUGAGAUUCUUUGCCCACAAACACCCAGUGCUGGGAGCACCCCUCCCCUCGCCCCACUUCCCCGACCCACAGCCCACUCUGAAAUCUCCAUCCUGGGUAGGGGGAGACAGUGCAACCCAGGACACUUGGCCUCAGUGGUCCUAGGAAGGAGGGACCGUCAGGGCUGGACGGAGGGAUGCUGUGCUGGCCAACCCCGUCUCCCUAACUGCCUCGUCUCCGGAGGGCGGCCUGCCCCUGCUACCUGGACAGAGUGGGUCUCUGGUCAUUUACACUCAGGCUUUGUUCAUUUGUACAGAAAGCACUCCUUACUGGAGGGUGUAACAGGAAUAAUUUCAGCACAAGAGAAGCUGUGCUGAUUACAGAGAAACAGUGUCCUGAGUUAUUAUAAAGACGAUUAGUCGGGGCCCCGAGACCUCUCCACACAUGGUCGGCAGCUCAGUUCC